CGAGCCGAGACGCCGCAGAGGAAGGAGGCAGCCCGGGCGCUCCGGGGAGAGGCGGCGGUGGGGCCGGGAUGCGCUUGCCGGGGGGCUGCCAGAUCCCGGUGCGACGGGGCUCCGCGCGCUGAGCGCCUCGGGGGUCUGCGGAGCGCAUCUUGCGCGCGCACCCUCCCGCCCGGAUCUCCAUGCGCUGAUCGGAGGGGUGCCGGCUUGGGGAUGAAGCAGGCGAUCGCGGAGCCCGGGCAGCUGCAGGGCCCCCCGGCGUCGUCGUCGUCGUCGGGGCGGGAGCCCGAGGCCCGGUGGCCGCGCGACAGCGCCAAGAGCGAGGCGAGCGAGGCGGAGCGGGUGCGCACCCGCGAGCGCCUGGAGGCCACCCUGGCCGGGCUGGCCGAGCUGGAGUUGCUGCGCCAGCGCCACGAACUGCGCGUCAAGCGGCUGCUGGCCGCCGCGCCCGCCGAUGCCCGGCCGGGGGGGAGCGGCUCCGCAGAGACGGCGGCUGCAGAGGCAGCCGCGCCAGGGGCCGCCGCCGCCCCGCGCAGCCUGGAGGAGAAGUUCCUGGAGGAGAACAUCCUGCUCUUGCGGAGGCAGCUGAAUUGCCUGCGGCGGAGGGACGCGGGUUUGUUAAACCAGUUGCAAGAACUGGACAAGCAGAUCAGCGACCUGAGGCUGGAUGUUGAGAAAACGGCCGACGAGCAGCUCGAGACGGACAGCCGCCCCAGCUCAGGCUUCUAUGAGCUGAGCGACGGGGCCUCAGGGUCGCUCUCCAACUCGUCCAACUCUGUUUUCAGCGAGUGUUUGUCCAGCUGCCACUCCAGCACCUGUUUCUGCAGCCCUUUGGACACAUCCCAGAGUGGCUCUGAUGGACGGCCCAAAUCUGAAGAUCUCAUCGGCUGGCUGGAAUAUAACAAAGGGAACCAGCAAGAAGACCCGUCGGUGGGGAUGGCCUGCCGAGUGCUGUCCACACUGCACUCUAAUUCCCUUGAGGUGGUUUCAGACGUGCACCCAAAAUACCAGUGUGACCUGGUGUCGAAAAACGGGAACGACGUCUACCGCUACCCUAGCCCUUUACACGCCGUCGCGGUGCAGAGUCCCAUGUUCCUUUUGCCGACGACAGACAACCCCCCGAGGGAAGAGGGGGAGCACCAUGUUGGGGACCUUUGCGUGGGACCUGAACACGACUCUGCGAAAGUGGGCCCCUCCUGCCUCCCGCAUAGCUCUCCUCCUGAGUCCUGUCCCCCAGCCAGCAGGAAAAUAGACGGCUACAUCUUGAGCCUUGUGCAAAGAAAGACCCCUUCGGUGCGGACUAACAAACUGAGGACGAAUCUGAAUGCAGACCCCGCCAAAGGGAUUUUGAGGCACGGUAGCCUGUGUGUCCGGCAAGCGCCUGGGGUUGCAAGCAGCAGUUUGGCCGCUCCUCUCAAGAACCCAAACCAGGUUUUCCCCCAUUCCAGCAGAGCUAGCACACCGCUUGACAGCAGCGCCUUCUCUCCUCUGAAGCAGAAUUCGAGAGAAACUGAGCACCCGGAGAGUAAAAAGAUUCCUCCGCCUGCGGUCUUUCCACCAAAUGCUAACCACGAACUUCAAAGCCAGCAUGCGGCGAGGAACGUCAAACCUCCAGAGCCGCCGCAGUGUCCGGUUGCAAGCAAGGGCGAUGUCCCCAAGGAAAGUGGCCAGAUUUUUGCGGAGAGCCCUUCCCAACACACAACGCUCCCGAAGGAAAGCAAAACCCUCCAGCUGCCCAGAAAGACCCUGUUGAAAAGCAGCGGGGCGCAAGCGGUCCACAGUGUUUUGCCGCCUCAGGAAACCAGGCCUCCGCUGGAUUUCAAGAGCGACGGGUCGUCCUCUCAGGGCCUGGAGGAAGGCCUGCUGGUGAACGCCAAAUACAUUCCGGCUGAGCCGCAGACUGUCAGGCUUCACAAGGGCAGCCGGAGCGUCAGGAUACUCAAAAGCUCCUUGGUGAAGCACAGGUCCCACCUCGUCACCGUGCUGGAAAACGUGCCGCAGGCCGGCAGGGAGAAGGCCAAGCCCUCCGGCAAGAAGUGCCGCUUCCCCGACGACCUGGAUACAAAUAAGAAGCCGAAGAAGGCGGCCGCGAGAGGGAAGAAAAGCGGCCACUUGCCGCCGGAGGCCACCCUCCUGAGUCGGCCUCCCGGCGUCCUCAAGUCGGCGGUUAGGCCGCACAGCCGGGAGCCGGUGGUGGCGAAACCGAAGCACAAGAGGGCUGACUACCGCCGCUGGAAGCUGUCGGCCGAGGUCUCCUAUGAAGAAGCCCUGAGGAGGGCGAGGAGGAACCGGAGGGAAGGCCUCGGGGCCUACCCUCAGGCUCCUCCCCACCCAUACGCCAGCCCCUACGCCUACGUUGCGAGUGACUCGGAGUAUUCGGCGGAGUGUGAGUCGCUCUUCCACUCGACGGUGGUGGACACCAGCGAGGACGAGAGGAGCAACUACACCACGAACUGCUUUGGGGACAGCGAGUCCAGCCUGAGCGAGGUGGAGUUUGUGGGCGAGAGCACGACGACCAGCGACUCGGAUGAGAGCGGGGGGCUCAUCUGGUCCCAGUUUGUCCAGACGCUCCCCAUCCAAGCGGUCGCCGCCGCUUCCGAGCUCCACGAAAACACAGCCAAAGCCUUCGUCAAGAUUAAAGCCUCACACAACCUCAAGAAGAAGAUCCUCCGCUUUCGGUCCGGCUCUCUCAAAUUGAUGACUACUGUCUGAAAUGCAUAGCUAGGAGAUGAAGAUGGCAGCAGUCGUGACUGACAUACCUACUGGGGGAAGUGUGUGUGUGUGUGUGUGUGUGUGUGUGUGUGUGUGUGUGUGGAAGACAGCCUUCCCGAAGUUGGCGACCUCCAAAUGUCUUUGAUUACAAGUUCCUUCAGCUGCUGCCAACAGAGAACCAUAGAAUUGUGGAUUUGGAAGGUCUUAGCUUUGCAAAUGUGCUAGCAGUUUUAUUGCUGCAGUUUGGGGGGGGGGUCAUGAGAGUUGCAGCGGUCGGGGUUCAGGGGAACUGCAGUGCCCGGGGAUCAGGGGAGCUCCAGUGGUUGGGAAUCAUGGGAAUUGCAGAGGUUGGGGUUCAGGGGAACUGCAGUGGUCAAGGCUCAUGGGAGUUGUAGUCCAAAACGUUUGGAGGUUUAAAAGGUAGGGGAAGCGUGAUGUGAGGGUAUGUCUGCAUUUGGGAGUUUCUGACGUGUCUUGGGCACACUUAUUCAGGGCACAGAAGCAACACAAGCCAGCUUCAAGAGAAAAAUGCACUUUUCAGGGUGGGGGUGGGGAGGUCUUCCCUUGCAAGAGGCACCCCAGCGGAGAAUUCAUCCGGGCAUCUUGUGGCUUCGCUGCUGGAAGGCGCAGGGCCCUUUGCUGAGAGCAGCAAAGCGCUCAGCCCGUGCCACCCUCCAGAGAGGCAGCCAUGUUGCGUCCCGUUGCUGUUUGCGUAUACAUGCUCCCUGCCAGCCAAAAGUGCCCCCAAGAACAAACAGAUGCAUGCAAAGGCAAUAAUGCAAGCACAACAUGGAGCAAAUGCGAACGAUGCAAAUUCAAAACGUUUCGGCAGUAUUAAAACCCAUGCGCAUCUGUGUUUCCGGCAGGCAAAGAGCAUUCCCUACAAAAACGUUAAGAGAGGGCAAGAAUACUUGAGCAGCCCCUUUGUCUCAUGAGGGUCCUGGGCAGCAGGGUGCUUCAAGGCAGCUGGGAAAAACUGGUCCCCUGUGAGGCUUUGCAGGAGACUGUCUCCCCUGUGACCACGUGCCCAACAGUCAAGUUGACCUCUCCUUGGUCAUCUUACGCUCAAGGUUUGUCCACUUGCACCAAGAGCAGCCCGGAAAGACUUGCAAGCGAGAGCAGCUCCUCUUGGCUUCUUUUUGAAAUGCUAAGCUGGGGCCAUUAGAUGUCCUUGUGGGCUUGCAUGCCAGUUGCCUGCUCGAAACACCAAAACAGGAUGCUGCUUGCCAAAUCUGCUUGCAGGUAGAUGCUUCGCGCUUCCAAGGCUGCCUCUCCAGUCUUUGAAGAACAUCGAAGGGAUGUUAGUAGCUUUUUAUUGAGAUACCAAGGGAGCAAGCAAUAUAUCCUGCGGAAUGCAAAGAGUGGUGCUGUGUGGUUAUUACUUUUUAAACACCAAAUAGCCAGCCAUUGGGACAGGGGAGAAUCAGGAUUGGGACUGUGAUGGACAGGGAGGUGAGCAGUUAACCCUUUCCUUCUGUGCUGCUGAAAAUUCCCCUGCCCGCUCCCCGCAAGAAGCUAUUGUUUGGCAUGGGAAGGGGGGGGAGUUUCAGAGUGGGAUCACAAUCUGCUCAUUGCGGUCCUGAUCCUGAUUAGUACCCCCCCCUUUUGCAGGAGCUGUUUAUUUAAAUAAUAUUAAUAACAAUGGGAAUGGCAAAUUAUGCGUUUAACAUAACAUGGAACUUGCUCUGUGGCAAUCAGCCUUGUUACGGUACCUGCCCCUUCUGGUACAUCCCAAGGCCCUUCCUGAGAGAGAGAGACCACCCUGAGACCUUCAGAUGAAGGGCAGUAAACAGAUUUAAUAAAUAAAUAAAGUAAACAACAGCUUUGCAAAGAGGGCAGGUGCCUAGCUCACAAAACAUUUACUCUCCCGCCAGACUACACACGCCUGUGUCGGUCACAUGCAUUUUGCAAGCCUUGCAGGAGAGAGUAGUGUGGAAAGAGCAAGCUCUCUUCUACUUUUCAAAAGCUUUCUUGCUUGGUCGCCUGAUGGUGACGACGACUCUCCCUAGGCGACCGGGCAAGUGGCUAUUUACAAGCAUGCUGUAGCAGAAAGAUGAGCAAAGCCUUUCUCUAUGCAGAACUUCUACCCACCCUAGUUUCUGGUGCUGCUUCCCUCCUUCCCGGAUGUGUGCUAAUAUGCCAAAACGACGAUCUCAUGCAGAUGUGCCGAGCGUCUAUGCGCUCAGGCGCGCCUCUCGCUACUUACACGAAACAAGGUGCUUCUUGUAAAUAUUUUCCCAGAAUGCUGUUGUUUUGAGUUCCUUAAAUGCACAUAUUUAAAUCUCGACGGACUGCUUAAAUGAUGUUACUUGAACCUCCCAACUUUUUUGUUGGAUACUAGUGCCUUUUGAGUGGCAAAACCCACUGUGCUAGUUUUUAACAAAGGAACAGUACCACCACUUUUUCAUCUGUGUUGGCUUCAAGUGCAUAGUGGAGUGGAAAAAAUGUCUGCAGCGAGCGUUGAUUUCUCUCCUACACGGGGGAUGGGUCGAAGGACAUCUGGAUCCUAUGCUGACCCUUACUUUGGCUUCUAAACAUCCUCGUUUCAUACAGAAAGGUUGCUUCUCUACCUCUUAUUACAGAGACAGAAACACACCAUUGACAUGCAUGCAACACACACAUGUAAAAAAGACGGGGGGCUUUUUUUGAGCAGGGGCAACUCGACUUCCUUCUCCUGCGGUCUCUCCCCCCCCCUUUCCUUUCUUUUUUUCCAAACAGAAUCCCUAGAGUUGUCUGGAUGUAGUUUUUAAUUUUUUAAAAUAAAACUCGAAUUCGUUUUUAGGAUCUUGUAGGAGGCUGCCUUAUCCCAGAUCAGAAUAUUUGUCAAUCUGGCCCAGCAUUGUCUAGAGGUUGUUCAUGCCACCACCUCUCAUCCAUCUACCUGGAGAUCCUGGGGAUUGAACCUGGGACCUUCAGGUGCUCUGCCAUUAAGCUGUGGAAAUAUGAAUUUGCCUUAAGGGGGACACGUCCAACUAACCCAGUGUCUGGCUAGCAAGAGUUCUUCAGAGUCCAAAGGUGGGCCUCUUUCUGAACAUGGCUAAGUGACGUCCUUGAGAUACUGGGGGCUGGAUCUGAGACCCUUCUGCACAUGUUCUAGCUCUGAGCUAUUGGUCUCUUCCCAUCCCUUCCCAGUUCCAGCAUCAGUUUUGCCCAUGUACCGGUAAGCACUCAAGUAAGCACUCUUGCUUGAUAGCAGAAACUUAGGUGCACGUAGCCUUGUAUUUUUGUUAAAAAUCCCUGCAAGCCGCAGAUAUUGAAUAGGUGGUCCACCACAGUCUUCCGUCCCUGGUUCAGAAAACCUCAUUGGCUGUGGUUGGGCACAGUGCCCAAUGUUUCCUGUAGCAGAAUUUGCUAGAUGGAAUCUCAAGAGCAUGGCCUCUUAAAUGCUUUAUUAUUAUUAUUAUUAUUAUUAAUUUUUUUAUUAUUGUUAUUAUUAUUAUUAUUAUUAUUAUUAUUAUUAUUAUUAUUAGCCUUGUUUUAAGAACAAGCUCUAGUGUUCACAGCUGAGACUCAAGACCUGGAAGUUGUGUUCCAAACACCAAAUGAGGCACUGAAACAAAAUAUUGCACAGAUCUUGAAAUUCAGUAAAGGGUCUGGAUUCUGAAAUCCAGUGUUUCCAAUUGCAAACCGAUUUUCACAUGUUUUGAACUUCAACAAUAUCGGCAUACUAAAAAAAACCAAAAUAAUACACGUGCAACUUAGAUUCUGUAAUGUUCAGUAUCAACGUGCAAGAUUUUAAUACGUGCAGAUUUUAUUUGUAUUCCAAAACCACCUAAACAGAUAAUUGGGAAUGUCAAAAUGUCCAAGUGGGUUUAUUGUUAAUUGUUAAGGCUAAGUAGGGAGGUUUGUGGGGGAGGGGGGAGGUUAAAUAAAAAAGGACUUAAUAAUAAUAAUAAUAAUAAUAAUAAUAAUAAUAAUAAUAAUAAUUGCCAGAUUGGAGAAGAUGCUUAAAAGAAGCAUCUUGUUUUUUACUAGAACCCCAAGCAGAGAUAAGUAGUGGCCAGGAGACAGAAAUGCAGAUAAAUGGGAUGUACCUGCUUAGUCCAGGAAAGUAUGUUUGUAUCAGAACUGAAUUUGCAGGCCUUUUGCACAAAAACCACCCUGGUCUCUUCUUCCCCUAAACCUUCGUAGUUUCAGCCGAUAGGUUGGGAAGAAGCCUUUUAGAUGUAGCUGUUCAGAGUGAUCCAUGUGCAUUGCCUGGCUGUAACAACUCAGGGGGGGGGACUGUAGCUGAGUGGCAGAACAUCUGCCUUCCAAGCUGAAGUCGCAGGUGCAGCCCUUAGCAUCACCAGGUAAGGUGAGGAGAGACCCAUGUCUGAAACCCUGGAGAGCCACAGUUGCGAAGCUCUCUUCUGCCAAGGCCAAUGGUCUUGCUGAACUCCUGCCAGCCAAAACUGCUAGCGUGGAAAAUGGACGGAGAUGUUGGGAAUCGAUAGUUGGAGGGUACCAUGUGGGUUCCCUCUGGCCUACAAGGGCUUGCCAGCAGCUCUGUGGGGAACACAAGUAUGCUCCCAGCCCUACCCAGAGAUGAUGGGGAUUGAACCAGAGAUAUUUCUGCGCACAAAACAUGGGCUUGUACCACCGAGCGACAGUCCCCUCUCCUUGGCCUGAACCAAGUCUUGGAAGGCUGUGAAAGUUUAUAGCCCCCAUAGGCAUCUCUGCUUCUCUGCUUCCAUAGGCUGUUUUUACCCCUGAUGUACUAUGAGAAGUAAGCUCUCCUAGACAGCCUUGCGGAAGAGGUGGGCGGAGCCAGAGGGGAAGUGGGCGGAGCAACAGGGAGUUGGUUCUUACCUUUCGUAAGGUAGCGUACAUUCAAUCGGAGGUUGGUUUGCACUGCAGGGCCCACCUGGCUCCCCUCCUGUGGGGCUGCUGCCACUCGCCAGGAGAGGCAGCGGGGAGCUUGGUGCUGUGGGGGGGUCAGGAACAGCAGGUAGGGCAGAAAGUGGGGAGCCCAGCAGAUGGCAGAUCUAUAAUGUGUGGUAGGCUGAGCCCACUACUAUCUUUGCCCUCCCUGCUGAGUCUUACAAGGGCAGAGUAAGGAGGAGGAAGCAGACAGUUUAGUUGAGAUUCCUGCAUUGCAGGGGGUUGGACUAGAUGACCCAUAGAGUCCCUUCCAACUCUACAAGUCUAUGAUUCUGUGAAAUGGUCAGGCUGAGGUGAGUGGGGCUGAGUCCCAGGGGCCAGGCAGAAAGACCUGAAGGGCCACAUUGGCUGAACACCUUCCACCCUUUCUGCUCACCGGCUCUGGCUAACUGCUAAGAAUAAACAAAAAAAUCCCCUGCUGUUGAAAUAGAAGCCUCUGCCCUUGUGUCAUGUGGAAGGGAACAACCUUGGCGAUAUUAUGAGGCAGUGCUUCAGAUAAGGGCAUUAGGCGGCUGCGAAACACGGAGAUUUGCAAUCUCUCAGGAAGACUGAAUGGACGCUGCAGAAGGAAUGAGUUUGAUGUGUGUCCUAACAAAAAGACCUGGUGUUUGCAGUCCAGUCCGAACUUCAGUUUGAGUAGGGAUUAUGGGCUUUGUGUUCUGUCCCAUGGUGCUUCAUCCAGCCUUGUGCUUCUCUGGUUAAUAUGUUCCUGGGCUUUCUAUCCCGUAGCUUAAAGUGUGGUGCAGUCAGGGGGUCGCCGGUUCUUUCCAAGCCACAUUUGUGGCUCAAGAUUAUGCUGUGCAGGCCCGGUCUACUUCAUGUCUUAAAGGACAUGUAAAGAGCUCUGCAGGUUCACAUCCAACAAGCCACCUUCUACCUGUUUCUCACAGUGGCCAACCAGAGGCCUCUUUUGGGAAGCCAACGAGAAGGACAUGAGCUCAAAGCUCUUGGUUUCUUCCCCUGAGACGUGGCAUUCGGUGGCGUGGUGUCUCUGGUUCUUGAGGUAGUAUCACGGCACCCUGACUAGUUAGCCAUCAAUAGCCUUACCCUCCAUGGAUUUGUCUAAUCCCCUUUUAAAGCGGCCCUAAGUUGGCUAUCGCCACGUUUGGUUGCAAAUUCCAUUAUUUAUUCUGUGCUGCGUGAAGAAGUCUUCUACCCUGGACUCUGGUUAGGCGCUGUCAACUUAUAAAGCGGUCUCAUACCUCUUUAGAUAGUCAUGGCUUCCACCUAAGCAUCUUGGGAACUGUAGUUUGUUAAGGAUGGUCGAGAAUUGCUAGAGGACCGCUCUGCUCUUUGAAGAACUACAGUUCCCAAAUGCUCCCACUAGCCAUCCCUUUUGUUAAUGGUGCUUUCGGAAGAGGGAUUGGAUGUUAAAUUGCUCUAGAAAUUGUAGCCAUGUGAGGGGAACGGGAUCUCCUAGUAACUCAACAAGCCAUACAGUAGUUCCUAUGAUUCUUUGCGGGAAUUCAUGACUGUUUAAAGUGGUAUGAUAAUGCUUUAAAUGCAUAGUGCAGAUGGGGAUCAAUUGGCUUUAUUUGAUAACCUUGGGUUCAGUAAAGGGAGAAAAACUUUAUUUCUACUUCAUGCCAUCUAUAAUUUUAUAAUCCUCUUAACAUGCUCACCCCUUUCCUUGCCUUGUUUUUCAUAAACUAACACCCCCUUCUCUCUCUCUCUCUCUCUCUCUCUCUCUCUCUCUCUCUCACACACACACACACACACACUGCAACUUUUUGCUGCAUCCCCUUGAACAUUUCUGAUCCUUCUUCCAGUUCCGCAAUAUCCUUUUUGAGAUGCGGCAGCCAGAACUAUACCCAGUAUUCAGUAUUCUUGAUUUCCCACCCUGUGGACUCUGGGGGAAACCAAGAAAGGUUUGGUUUUUUUUUUAAAAAAAAGUAGUAUAUUGUAUCAUAUUCACUUUCUUAAAACACACACAAAUAUGCAUGUUGUGAGCAUGAACGUCUGUCAUGUUGAUAUUUCAGUCAUUGUCCAAUAAGCAGCUGAGUUUUACAGCUAUAUAAAAAUCAUAUCGCUUUGUAAAUUAAUAUAAUGCAUCAAUAUGCUGUAAUAAACAGUUGUCUUUUAA